AUGGAAUCUGGUCUCGAAAUUAGAUCUAAGGAAUUGACAUUUGAUGCCACUUUUUCAUUCUUCUCGUACAGUCGCACGUGUGUUAGCACUCCAGCAUAUGCAUCAGUAACACGCAAGCAGAUCGCUCGUGUCAGUGUAAUACACAAAUCGUAGGCUUCGCGCUGCCUUUGAAUUGCAGCCAAUCGUAGGCUCCCAGCCUCAGAGUGCCAGAUGACGAAAGCACGCAUUCGAUGCUUGCAACAGUCCAGCGAGAACUGCCAUGAUUCGAUCAGGGGGGAGUGCCAAUGAUGUUAGUGGAGAAAAGGUCACGCUGCUAGUGCAAGAUAUUCCAGAAGACCCCAUGGAUGUGAAGCUUCGCUCAGCGGUGAGCGUGGAGAAGGCAUCGAAGACUGCGGCGGCACCAACCAGGAUCCUGUUUCUUGACGGCGUACGAGGACUAGCAGCGCUUUUGGUCGUGACUCAACACUCGCAUGAAUACAUGCAGGACCUCAACCUGGGAGCUUGCGCUGUCGACGCGUUCUUCGUGCUGUCGUCGUUUUUAUUAACAAUGUUGUUCAUGAAGAAGAGCAUGAAGCUGCUGGCACGCAGUGCUACUUAUCGGAAGUGGGCGUUUACUCUGGUCGACUAUUUUUCCAGGCGAUUCUUUCGUAUAUACCCAUUAUUCGCGUUGGUAGCCAUUGUGUUGUGGAUACUUCCCGAUGACGUUAAACGUGGGCUUUACCGCAUCGAGAAACCAAAGGAUUUCAGCCUUGUCAAGGUGCUCACGUUCGAUUUUGAUCAGCGUUUCUUCGUGUUCUGGACGCUACCGUUAGAGAUCUCGUAUUAUUUCUUCAUCCCCAUCUUCGUGUUAGCUGUGUUGAAACUACGAAAUUAUUGGUGGGUCCCGUUCAUCCCGGCCUACUGUUGGGUAGCUUAUGAGGGCUGGAAUACGUUUCGCUGGAGUCACAUGGGAUUGUCGGCUCACGCUCCAACGUUUCUCGCUGGGUCAAUGGCUGCGGUCAUCUUCGUCAAAUUGGACACGUGGAUGAAGAUGAACAAUGUGAGGCCUCGACCUGUUGUUAUCUAUGCGAUUCGUACACUCGAAUGUACUGCACUAGCAUUGCUGCUGAGUCUGAGCUUUCAAGGGCUCUUCUUCAACUGGAUAUAUGCCAACAUUGCACCCCAGACGCCAGGCUUUCCGUUCAUCAGCGUGCUCUUGACUAUUGUAGUCGUGAUUGAAAUGAUUCUGCCGUCGUCUCUGUCUACGUUUUUGGAAUGUAACGCGCUACGGCACUGCGGUAAGGUGAGCUUCUCGAUCUACCUGCUCCAUGGGUUCGUCAUCUACACCGACACAGUGAGUAACCAGUCCAGUUACUACGACCGAAUGUUCUCUACCUACGGCCUCACGGUGCUAGUAGCGACGGUGUCGUACCACCUGGUGGAAUAUCCAUCUCAAUUACUGGCGCAAUACAUUACUCGAGAACUCGCCAAACGAGAGAUACUGGGACUCUGAGGUCAUCGCUUGUAAGCAUGUAAAGUAAUAGAAGAUAUUUGUUCAUGUGCCUUACGAUGAGGAAAAUCUACAGCAUCAAUAAGAG